AUGAAAAGGGUCCAUGUCCCUACCUCUGAUAAAAGUCCUGACCCGGAUUUGGCAGAAAAGUGGUUAGAUGAAAUAGAAAAUAAUUUUGCACUUUUGCAAGUGGCGGAGGAGAUGAAACACCUAAUCAUCAAAUCCUUUUUGGUAGGAGAAGCCAAUAAGCGGUGGGCAACUCUGGAACCUAUCGCCGCCCCACUAGUAAGUUGGACAAAAUUUAGAGAAGAGUUCCUGAAAUACUUUUUUCCACUGGCUGUGAGGAUGCAGAAGGUAGAUCAGUUUGAAAAUUUGAAACAAACUCCAGGAAUGUUUGUGGUACAGUAUUCGAAUAAAUUCACAGCGUUAGGAAGGUUUGUUUUGUCAAUAAUGGCAGAUGGAGAGUUGAAAAAGUAUAAGUUUAUAAGUGAGUUGUCGAGUAGAAUUCAAACUAGGGUGAACACCUCUUACACCCCUAUGUUUAAUGAUAUGUUGGACACCAGCGUUAAAGCUGAGACUGACUGCAAAAGAUUAGAUGAAGAGGGUAGGAGUAAAAGGCCUAGACUAGGGAAUGAACUUGCAGUAGCGGGAGCACUGAAACCUGGAGAACGGUUCCGCUUAAUUAAGAAAAGUCGUGGACCACCAUCAAAGAUAACUGGAGGAAGCACCUUCCUUGUGUGCAAAACUUGUGGAAAGAUGCAUCGGGGAGAAUGCCGGCUUAAGGCGACUGGGCAUAGGCCUAUGAAUUGUCCAAAUAGAAAGGUCGAAGGAGAUAAGAGUGGCAAUCUCACUGAUAAGAAGCCAAAGGUUAACGCAAGGGUUCAUACCAUGACCGAUGUUGAGGCGGAGGUGUCAGGCGACAUGGUCACAG